AUGGUGGCUCAGCAAAAGAAACCACAUACAUUGGGUGAAACAUUAAUUAAGCCUAGCAUACUUAAAGUCGUUGAAAUAGUACUUGGUGAAGAAAGUAAAAGGAAAGUUUCUCAAAUAUCUCUUUCAGACAAUACAAUCAAACGACGCAUUGAUGAAUUAGCUUUGGACAUACAAAAUCAGUUGAUUCAUAAAUUAAAAAAUUCCGUAUUCUUUGCAAUUCAGUGUGAUGAAUCAACUGAUGUGGCCAAUUGUUGUCAGCUAUUAGUUUACUGCCGUUUUAUAAAUGAAAAGACUAUUGCAGAAGAGCUUAUGUUUUCCCAGGCCUUAAGUUCCACCUCAAAAGGCAGUGACGUUUUGUCUGCCAUCGAUAUAUUUUUUGAUCAGAAUGGCCUCUCUUGGAAAAAUGUUGUAGGUGUAUGUACAGACGGUGCCCCUGCUAUGCUAGGAUCACGAUCGGGUUUUGUGAAGCUUGCAAAAGAUAAAAAUCCAUCAAUAAUUGGUUCUCAUUGUGUAAUACACCGCCAAGCCUUAGCUGCAAAAACGCUGCCAUUUGAAAUUAAAAAUGUACUAGAAGUAUGUAUAAAAAUUGUUAAUACCAUCAAAAGUAGUGCUCUUAAUUCACGUCUUUUUAAGAUUCUUUGUUCUGAGCUAUCAGCCCAACAUUCUGUUUUAUUAUUCCAUACCGAGGUUCGUUGGUUAUCCAAAGGAAAUAUGCUUGAGCGUUUGUACGAAUUAAAGUCUGAAGUCGAAAUAAUGCUUUUACAAUUAGGAAAAGACGAUCUUCGGGAAAAUUUUACUGAUGAAAAUUUCACAUUCUACUUCGCAUAUCUAGCAGAUUUUUUUGAGACUAUUAAUAACCUAAAUCUCAAAUUACAAGGGAGGAAUAUAAACGUAAUAAUCGCGAACGAUGCUAUCAACUCAUUUCUAGAAAAGAUACAACUGUGGAAACGCCGAGUAAACAAAGAGACUCCUAAUUUUUCGUCUUUCCGUCGACUGAACGAACUUCUCUCUGAUGAAGAAGAACCAUUUUGUCCUACUGGAUUGAAAGAUAUAGUGAUUAAACAUCUCGACAGUUUGACUGAUGAAUUCACUCGAUAUUUUCCAAAUUUUUCGAACAAAAGUUGGCAAUAUAUGUUAACAAGUUCUCCAUUCAGUACUAACGUAGACACAUUGCCAGAUAUAAUUCAAGAACAGGCAAUCGAGCUGAAGAACGAUUCACGGGCGAAAAUUGAUUUUAACAGUGGUAGCUCUUUGGAAGAAUUUUGGGUAAAAUACCAACCUAUUUAUCCUGAAAUUUCAAAUGAAGCUUUAAAAGUCCUUGUACAAUUUUCAUCUACAUAUUUGUGUGAAUCUGGGUUCUCCAGCAUGGCAGUUAUAAAAAACAAACAUAGAAAUCGUUUAGAUGUCGCAUCUGACUUAAGGUGUUCAUUAUCAAAUAUUGAGCCGAACAUAAAAAAACUGUCCAAGGAAAAGUGUUGUCAGCAUUAA